AUGUCUACUCCGCAGCAAUCCAAGCGAAAGGGGCGUCGUGCUGGGGGCCAGCAGUCAGCUUCAUGGGCGAAACAUGAUGGUGUAGGUGGCUCGGCCAGGUCCGCUGGACCCGGGGUACCUCAAGACAUCAAGGGAAAAGGGCCAGAAAUCCCUUCGAGGACUGAAGAUUGUGCAAAGGAUAUGACCACUGCUCGUGACCUUUGUGGCGCCAGCGAGAGCGCCAUAGGUGAUUAUGAAGAGGGUGCUGGUCCAUCCGCAAGGCCUCGAAAUCUCACAAUACCAACAAUCAGCGAUCUGAAACCAAGCGAACCAGGCGAAAUCAGUUACUGUGUUCAUCUUGAUGAUAAUAAUCUAUGGCAAGCUAUCCGGAAGUGGGACCCCCUGCAGCCGGGAGCCAUGAGAAACCUUGAAAAGGUAGUGCAUGGAAAAUCAACCGAUCUUCAAGACUAUCAAAUCCUUCUGGAAGCAGUGAGGUGCGAAAUUCUCAAGCAGCCUCGCCUCCGAGAUACUUGUCUUCGACUUUACCUAGUGGUGAAGAGCUACGGUACUUUGUCACAAGGGCUCAACUCGGGCGUCUUUGGAGUGUACUUCAACAAGAGCAGCCAAGAAGUCGAAAAAAAAGUCGAGCAACUCGCCAAGCAGCUUCAACGAAUGCGUGAGGCAUUGGGAGACGGAGUUGCUGAAAUGCCAUUGUCUGUCUCACAGACAUCAUGGAAGGGAAACAACAAACUAGGGCGACCAAAGUCUUCUCACGAAACCACGCAAAAUCCCGCCUCAAAGGAGUCAAUUGACAGACGCUAUAUCAUAAGGAAGAGUAGGUUCUUUAGCUUGGGCAGAGUCUUCACAAUGUUAUGGCAUGACAAUGAGACAGCGACCGCAAGGCCUGCAGGUGACACAGGCUGCGUGACCCCUGGUCCAUACGGCCAGAAGAUCUAUAGCCAGAUCCGCCGUUUCGCCGUGGUGAAGCAAGGCCAUGGGUUCUCGUGGGCGAUCCCCGUCAACACAUACCAUGAGCAGGGGACUACCAGGUACAACGUGACCGACGAGGAGGACAUCCAGGCACACGCCAUCAUUUACAUGAGGGGCACUGUACCACAGCUUCUGCCCAAUGAGACUAUCCUGGAGAAACAGGCUAUCAUGGUGGACGCCGCAGCCAAGGACAUUAAGUUACAUCACACAAGUCGCAUCCGCUUCGACAAAGUCUUUACCAUUGAGCAUAACGUCAUCGUCAGCAAUGUCGGCAAAAUCUCUGAAGACUCGAUGCCUUUCUUCUACGAGUACUGGAAAAAGCAGGCUCUCGAGGGCUUAGAGGGGACAAAGGCCUCUGGUGGCCUUUGA